GCCUUAAGUCGAGUUCCCCUUCAGCCCCAAGUCAGGAGCAGCUCUCACUACCGGGAGAGGCACAGAACACUUGAGCUAUUUCAGCUACAUGAAAAGCAUUGGAAUUGAGAUCGCAGCUCAGAGGACACCGGGCGUCCUUUCCAACCUCCAAGGAGCUUUGUUUUCUUGCACCUGACUACCUGGGACUUUCCUCAGGCAGUAAGCAAAUACAGAAGGCAGGGAUAAGACUUCGUGAGUAUGUCGAAACAGCCAGUUUCCAACGUCAGAGCCAUCCAGGCAAAUAUCAAUAUUCCAAUGGGCGCCUUUCGACCAGGAGCUGGGCAACCCCCCAGAAGAAAAGAAUGUACUCCUGAAAUGGAGGAGGGCGCUCCUCCCACCACAGAUGAGGAGAAGAAGCCAAUUCCAGGAGCGAAGAAACUUCCAGGACCUGCAGUCAAUCUGUCGGAGAUCCAGAAUAUUAAAAGUGAACUGAAAUAUGUCCCCAAAGCUGAACAGUAGUUGGAAGAAGAAAAGUGGUGAAAGAGCUCAGUGAUAAAGAAUUGGAGAGGAACAAAAUAAGUAUUAAAGUGGUAACAGUGCAGCAAUUACAAGAAAAAGAAUUGAUUAACAAAGGUAAAACCUAAGAAUAAGUCUACAAUUUUGCAAAUGAACACCAAGACAGCAGCAAUGGAAAGCCCUGGGACUGACGAAGCUCUAGAAAAAAACCUUUAUUCUGAAGUUGCAGAAAUUCCUCUCCUGGGUAUUGGACAUCGCAGCCUGACCACGGGUUGUGUGGCAGGCAAACUUCAUACACUAAGCUAGGGUCUCCAAGAAAUGCAAAACAUUUUCGUGGUUUGUUAUUUUUAAAUUGACUCAUAAUAAUUACACACAUUUAUGGAGUGCACUGUGGUAACUCAGUACACAAUACGAAAUGAUCAAGUCAGGAUAAUUAUCAUUUGCCUCUCUUGAAUGUUUGUCAUUUCUUUGUAUUUGGAAACUUAAAACUCCUAGUUCUUUACAACAUAUAUACUAAAUUGUCAUGAACUAUAGUCACAUCAGAACCCAUUACUACCAUGUAACUGUGCUUUGGCACCUGUUAUCCAACCCUGUCCACUACCCUUUCCUCUUACCCUUCCUAAUGUCUAGUGACCACUAUUCUAUUCUCUACGUCUAUGAAAUCAACUUUCUUAGAUUUUUUUUGAGACAGGGUCUUUUUAUAUAAUGCAUGCUGGCCUAAAACUUGCUAUGUUGCCCAGGAUAGGUUAGAGGUCUUGAUCUACCUGCUUCAGCCUCCCAAGUGCUAGGAUUAAAAGUGCACCACCAUAUGGGGCUGAAAUCAUUUUUUAGCUUCUACAUAUGAGUGAGAACAUGUGGUACUUGUCUUUCUGUGCCUGGAUUAUUUCACUUAACAUAAAGUUCCCUAGUUCCAUCCAUCUUGGCACAAAUAUUACAAUUUCAUUCUUUUAUGGCUAAAUAAUAUUCCAUUGUAUGUGUGUGUGUGUGUAUAUAUAUAUGUCAUAUUUUCUUUAUUUCUAUUCAUCCAUCAGCAGAUACCUCAUUUGGUUCAAAAAUACAUAUUUUUAGGGAUUCUUAGUAACUCACUUAGUUACUAAGUAACUUUUGAUCAUGUACGAAAGUGACAACUUCAUUUGCCACUAAAAACUGAGGAAAACACAUGCAUUUUUGCAUCAGCAAGCUUUUUAAGGUCAACCCCUGGGCCUUGGAUCAUACUUUGAGAAACAUUGCGAUAGGGCAAUGAAUGAGAGUACAUGGAAUGAUCUGCAACUCCCUUGUACCCAUAUGCAUAAAUGUCAAUUUACUCUCUACCUAUAUUCCACAUCAGGAAACCACUGUAGAUUCUAGAUUUCAUAGAUUUGAAGAGAACCAUUAUAUGCCCUGUUGGAGGAGGAGCACUCUUAUCUUACUGUGCUUGGACUGCUUUAACAAAAAAUACCAUAGAUUGAGUGGCUCAACAACAGACAUUUGUUUCUCAUAAUCUGAGAUGACUAUUCUAGCAUGGCCAUAAUCUGGUCAGGACCCUCUUUCUGCCUUGCAUACAGAUGUCUUCUCUCUGUGUCCUCACAUGGUAGAAAGAAGAUGCUCUGAUGUCUCUUCCUCUUCUUAUAAGGGCAUUAAUUCCAUUAUGGGGGCCCCACUUUCAUGAUCUCUUCUAAACCUAAUUAAUCCCUAAAGGCUCCACCUCCUAAUACCAUCACAUUGGGGGUUAGGACUACAACAUAUGAUUUGGAGGGGGGAUUCAACAACCAAUCUAUUAUAGCCCUCUUCCUUUAGCACUCUACCCCACCCUUAUAACAUCUUCUGUUUAUGCUGUACAAUACUUACCAAAUUGUAACAUAUUGGUUUUCUUGUUUAUAUCUUUCUUGAUGUCAUGUUCUAGCUCCUUAAAGAUUACAACGUACCUGAUACAUAUUAGGCACACAAAGCUUGUCUAUAGGAUAUUUUUGGCACCCUAAUCACAGAAAAUAUGUUGUCCCCUAGAAAUGUUGAUCUUCUGGGAAACUGAACAAUUAGGGAAAAUGUUGAGUUUGGUUCAUAUUCUCAAAAAGUGGAGAAAAACAUGUAAAACCAGAAGAAAAUUUAAUUUUUAAGAACGCUUUGGUUUUAUUUUUCAAAGAACAUUUAUGUCCAGAUAGGACAUAUUUGCCAACCAGUCAUCCAGAGAUGUCAUCUCUGAUAGAGGAGAACAUAAGGUGCUCAUUACUCUUAAAUGUUAAACGCUAUGCAUCACUGUCAUUCUUGCUGAUUUGAGGGCGAAUUUCAAGAUUGUUGGCAGGAGGGCAAAUUGGUGCACCCAGACACUUGAUAAGAAGUGCAUUUAGCACCUAACAACAGACUCCCAAAGCACAUGAAACAAAAACUGACAGAAUUGAAGGGAAAAGUAGGCAAUCUAACAAUAAUAACAGGGGACUUCAAUUUUUCACUUCUAGUAAUGGCUAGAACAGCUAGAGAGAUGAUCAACAAAGUAAAAGAAGAUCUGAACAACACUGUAAAGCAACCAUAGCUGACAGAUUCAUAUAGAACACUCUACCCAACAACAGAGCAAUGUCCUCAAGUGCACAAGGAACAUUGUCUAGGACACAACACAUGUUGGGACAUAAAACAAGCCUCAGUAAAUUUAUAAGAAUUGAAGUCAUGAAAAAUCUCUUCUCUGACCUUAAUGUAAUGAAAUUAUGAAUAAAUAACAUAAAGAGUUUGGAAAUGUACAACUUGUAGAACUCUAACAACACACUCCUAAAUAACUAAUGCAUCAACAACAACAACAAAAACCAAAAGGAAAAUGAGAAAAUGCUUUGAGAUUAAUGAGGAAAAAAGAUUAUAACAUACUGAAACUUACACAAUGGAAGCAGUGCUUAGAUACAAAUGCUUAUAUUAGAAAAAUAAGAUCUCAAAUAAAUAACCAACCAACCAAUAUUUGGGAAACAUGCCUUUUAUUAUCUUACUGUAAAUUUAAGAUUAACUUUAUUGAUGAAUGAGAUACCAUCCUUUUCAAAUGGUAAGGCAUAAUAAAGUUAAAAAUAUCUACUUAUGUAAACACUAUAACAAUGUAACAGAGACUGGAAAAUAAAAACAGAUGCCCAGGAGGUCACUAUCAUAGUAUAAUACUUACUUUGCUAUCUCUCCUUCUAGUCUUUUCCUCUGUGUUUACAGACAGGAUACAGUAGCUCCCAUGCUAACAACAUGGGACCUGAUUCUUCUGAAACUUUCUUCUGACAUAACAUCAUUCAUAGCAUUUGUAGUAUUUUUGUAUCUUGCUUUUUCCACUGUACAUUUUAUCAUAAGAAUGUGUUUUCAUAUUGCUUUCCAGCUUUCAGUAGUAAGAUUUAUUUCUCAGAAGCUUUGCUUUAUCAUGAUUUUUGUAAUCUUUUCCUUUUGCUAGGCGACAGAGGACUGACUUACUGAUUUAUAUAGAACUAAACUUGAGAAAAACAAGAACAAAAACCUUCUUCCAAUAUGUUCUCUGUGCUUUGCUUGGAAAUUUUUUGUCUUCAAUUUUGAUAUGUUCGGUGCUUUGACCCAAUUUCACAAGCCCCAUUCACUUUCUCAGAAAGAAAUGGUUGGAGGCUGAGAUUUUUCACUGUCUAGUGAAGCCAUCUUUCUUUUGAUUUUGUAAUGCUCUUUUUUCUGCUCUUCAAGUGGUUAGGAGAAAGACAAGUUCUGCAAUGGUUCCGAACUGCAUUAAGGUUUUGUUCAUUUGUUUUCUUGCCUGGAAAAAUUCUUGGUCUAGAUCCUGGUAACAGCCUGUGGGUAUAAAAUACUCUUCAGGGUGAUCACAGGAGCCUUUGAGUUGAUUGUCAAUGUCACCUCAAGGGCCUCCCACAGCAAACACACAGAAGUUACCUGGAUCACUUCUGUUGAAGCACAGCUGUGGAGGGUCUGGGUUGUGAAUUUUCAGAAGGGAGUUGGAACUGGUGAGAGACAUUUUAGGGAGUAGACAUAAAACCAGAGAAGCACAUGUGUUCCAAGUCAGGUUGAUAGAAGGCAGAAGUGACUCAGGACCUACUUCUGCAGCUCUGUGUACACUGGCAUGUAAAUUUCGACUGCCCAAAGGACAGUUAUGACCGGCACAUGCCCUGCUCCCAAUAUACUGUUUCUCAACCCAGGGUGUGGGAGUAUGUGUGAAUUGUGACCUUCAGGGGACAUUUAGCAAUGUCUGAAGACAGUUUAGGUUGUCACAAGUGGGGUGAGGGUGAGCUGCUACUGUCACUUGGUUGGGGAGAAGCCAAGGAAGCCAAUAUCCCAGGACAGUCUCCUACAGCAAAGAAUGAUCUAGCCCCAAAUGUCAGCAGUGCUAGGAAUGAAUCAUAGUGAUUUAUCUGCUUAUAGUUUAAUGGCAGGUCUAGCUUUCUGCAAACUUUCCUCUCCAAGUGGUCAAUGUAGUGCAGUUUACAGAAAUUAAGAAAUUAAUAAAAAGAGUAAAGUAAUUAAUUGCCUUGAUGUCUGUGCUCUCCACAGUUAUUAGUGAUUUAAGAAUAAAAUAAUCGAAUAAAAUUCUUUUUUUAUCAAU